UUAUAAAAUUUAUUUAUAUGUUCGUACCAAUUUAAUUAUAUAAGUAGUAGAUAAUGACUUUUUAAUUAUUCAAUAUAUAUUUAUUAUUUUAUAAUAUGUUAUAAACAUAUAAUAUCUAAAAUAAUUUAUAUAUAUAAUGUUCAUUCCGUCCAAGACGCGGGUCUUAACCUAGUAAAAUUAUUAUUAUAUGAACAAUGACGCAUAGUAUUACAAAUGUUUGAAUCGAAACAGUGCUGAAAUAACUUUGUUAUUAUUAUAAAAAUGGAUACAUGUUUGAAGUAUUUGAAAAAUAAAUAAAAUAUAUACCAAAUUAUAAAAUAUAGUUAAAUAUUUUAUACUCAUUUCAUGUUUACAAUUUCAAAGUUAAAAAAGAAGGAUUUUGUUGACAUUCCAUUUUUAAUUACCUACCAUUUUUGUUUUUCAAAAAAAAAACACAUGAUCCAACAAAAUUAAACCACGUUACUUAUUUUUGUUGAAUUUUUAAGAGCAAGAGAAAACAGUUUUUUUAAAUUUUUUCCGUUAAGCCUCUAAAAACUUACUGGUUUCAAAUACAAAUAUUAUUUAAAUUUUCAGAUAAGUAUUAAAACUAUCAAGUAAAAACCUCAGAAAUUUCAAAAUCAAUUACAGAAAGUUGUUAAGAAUUCUUUUGAGUUAACACUUGAUUUUAUCUAACACACUUUCACAAUUUAAAUGGUUACAAAAAAAAAUUAAUUACAGCAUUAAAGAUUAAAGCCCUGUUUUUUGUAAGGACUAUAAAAUAAAAAUUUUCACUUCAAAUUAAAAAUGUCAAACGUUUGAUAUCUUGCUUACCUAAUCCAUCGUGUUCAACCUCUAGAACAGAUCUAUCCAAAGUUUUCUUUGAACCCUAAGAUGCUCUUCUUCGACCAGCUUUGAUUUCUCAUAUAUGUCUGCAAUAAACCAAAAUAAUUUCAGAACUUAACAAUACAAAUAUUUAUGCUGUGUUGUUACCAUGAUUUUGCAGAAUAAGUUUCAUAUGAACUCAUUACACACCACCACAAAUACCUGCAAGUUCUGGAAGCCCUGCAACAAAAUCUUUUAAGGAUCGACAUAUUAAUCUCUUCGGACGCAAUUCCUACUCGACCCCCACAAUCCAAUGCUUUGAAAGAGGUUCAAAGAUGACUAUAUUCCAUUGUAUUCAUCUAAAGUUUGUCGAUAAUAUUACUAAUCAUGGCUAUGAAUAAAGAAAAGUUUUGAAAUGGUGCAGACAAAAACGAAAUAAGAUAAGAAGAAAAUAUUCGAGAUCAAAACUGAAAAUUAGGAAAGAUAAAAGGAUAUGUUGUUUCGCUGCUUUGACAAUGAAAAGAAUAGAGAAAAAUGGAAGAAAAAAAAUACAGACAUUGAAUUAGUUGAUCAAAAGUUAUACUGCAGAAAAGAAGAUUUUGAAGUCGUGAUCAUGAGAUAUUCUGAGAAAUUUUAGGAUGUAGUUGCUGGAAAUUAGGAAUCAAAGAAUUUUUUUCCAAUCAAUUUUGUUUUAAAAAAAUAUUUUCUAAGUAUCAGAUUUUGAUUUGCCAGGCGAGCUUUAGUAUAUAAUAUACAACACAAACGAAACCUCUUCUUCAAGUCAAAAACAAUAAAGAGGAGCCAUGGCGAAUUCACAGACUGUGAUGCUUGUGAUCAGAUCAGCGAGGCCGAGUUUUCGCAACUACCGUGAUAAGGUAGCUUUCGUACUUGACGCUUCCUUCGUCGCCUCCGGUUUCAGAGUCGUCGCGGCCGGACGGCAUGCGUUCGCUGAAAACGCUCUAGUUUCCUCUCCUACACAAGGAGAGGUUGGGAUCGAAGGUUGGAACGAGUUCGACGAGUACGCGUUUGUGUAUGCGAAAGGAUCGAAGAAGUUUCUAGUUAAGUGUUUUGCGAUAGAGGAUAAGCUUCUUGUUGAUGCCCUAGAUGAGGGUGGAAAAGAACCUGCUCAUAUCGAGAUAGAACCUGAGAAGUAUGCUGCUGAGUCCGGAGUGGAGAGUGAUUACGAUGCACAGUUCAAGAACUUGGGGAAGUUAGUCAGUGAUUUACAGGAUGAGCUUCUCUACAAGCUUGAUGAAGGACUUAAACCUGUUGCUUCUACGUCCCAGUCCAGUUCGGAGAGUAACAAAGAGUCUGAGUCUGGAUAUUACGGUCGAAAGAGGCCUGUUCCAUCAUUCCCUCCGGUGAUUGGUGGUUUUGGCGAUGGAAGCAUGCAUGUAGGACCAAAUGAUCUUCGCAUGUUCCCCCGAUUUGGUGAUCAUCCUGACCUCAUGAUACCACCACAACCGGGUGUUCCACCUCCUGGUGUUCGUUAUGAUCCACCUCCACCUAUUGGCCCAGAUUUUGGCCCAGGUUUUGAGCCAAGCCCGUUCAGAAGGCAACCUCCAACGAGGCGAGGAGAUGUUCAUCCCGAUCUUCAGCAUUUUCGCCGCUGGCUUGGUUAAGAUUAUAUGUAGCCAUCUUCAAAAAGAAGCACAAGAAAAUGUGGUCUUAGUAAUAAAUUCAUCUUUGCUUUUUGUCAAGAUAUCCCUAGCUGUUUAUUUCUUUCUUUGCUUUUGUUGCAUAGCUGCUUGCUUAUGUUUAUAACUUUGAUAUAUAAAUAAAUAAAUAAAUAAAUAAAGUUUUGGCUUAUUUCGCUUUUGAAA